UCGGCUUCUUGCGGUUGCGCGUAAGGAUUUGUCCAUGAGCCACGUGAUAUACUCUCUGUGUGUGUGUUUGCUUUCUUGGGCUGUAUCGACUAUCAUUGUCUGACAUUUCUAUGGCCCGGUCACUGUUCCAUGCAGAAAAACUUACCAGCAGACUGCGGUGAAUUGCAAGACCAAUGGGAUGACUGCGGUGAAUUGCAAGACCAAUGGGAUGGCUUCGAUAAAUGUCGAUAGCAAUAUAAAUCAUAAAGUCAAAAAUGGCAAAGUGUUUGUGCUGCAGCCGUGCAUGAUUUCCACUCCCUCCCUUGACUAGUUGUACGCCAAACAGAGACUUUGCUUCUUCUAGGAAGCUUAUAUUCUGUACUGAGCAACGCCAGUACGCCACCGAUCAUACAAGUAGUAAAUCGCAGAGAUACUAUAUACUCCGUACUACUGUAGCAACUAGCAAGUAGUAAGCAGAGAUCGACAGCGAUGUCUCGCUCCGUCGGAGUGACAAUGGACGCCGCCGGCGCCGAUGCAGACCAAGCCCGGCUGCACCAGCUGGGCUACCGGCAGGAGCUCAAGCGUGGCCUCUCCCUGGUUUCCAACUUCGCCUUCUCCUUCUCCAUCAUCUCCGUGCUGACCGGCGUCACGACGACGUACGGCACGGGGCUGCGCUACGGCGGGCCGGUGUCCAUGACGUUGGGAUGGCUGGUGGUGGCGGCGUUCAACGGCUGCGUCGCCCUGUCCAUGGCCGAGAUCUGCUCGGCGUACCCGACUUCCGGCGGGCUAUACUACUGGAGCGCCAAGCUUGCCGGAAAGGAAUGGGCUCCCCUAGCUUCCUGGGUCACUGGCUGGUUCAAUAUUAUGGGACAGUGGGCUUGCACGACGAGCGUGGAUUUCUCGCUGGCGCAGCUUCUCCAGGUGAUCAUCUUGCUUGCCACGGGAGGCGCCAACGGCGGCGGCUACAUGGCGUCCAAGUACGUCGUGUUGGCCAUCUACUCUGCCAUCCUCAUCCUGCACGGCCUCAUCAACAGCCUUCCCAUACGAUGGCUCUCCUGGUUUGGCCAACUUGGAGCUUUCUGGAACGUUGCAGGUGCCUUUUCGCUGACGAUCUUGAUUCCAGCGGUUGCCAAGGAGAGGGUGAGCCCUGAGUUCAUCUUUACCCAUUUCAACGCAGAAAACGGCGCGGGCAUCCACGACAAGGCAUACAUUCUCGCAGCGGGGUUGCUGAUGAGCCAGUACUCCCUUAUCGGCUACGAUACAUCUGCACACAUCAUAGAAGAGACCAAGAACGCGGAUUGGAGUGGGCCAAUUGGGAUCAUCACGUCCGUUGCACUGUCAACCAUGUUCGGAUGGAUCUACCUGAUUGCCCUGACAUCGAUCAUGACCGACAUACCUUACCUCCUGAACCCCAGCAACGACGCCGGCGGGUACGCCAUCGCGCAGGCCCUGUACACCAGCUUCCACCGGAGGUACGGCACCGGCGCCGGAGCGCUCGCCUGCCUGGGUGUCAUCGCCGUCGCCAUCUUCCUCUGCGGAUCCGCGUGCAUCACCAGCAACUCGAGGAUGGGGUACGCGUUCUCGAGGGACGGCGCGAUGCCGCUGUCGCGCGUGUGGCACCGCGUGGACAGCCGCGAGGUGCCCCUCAACGUCGUCUGGCUCUCCGUCGCCGUGGCCUUCGUCAUGGCUCUCACGUCGCUGGGGAGUCAGGUGGCUUUCCAGGCGAUGGUGUCGAUCGCGACGCUGGGUUUGUUGAUCGCGUGCGCGCUGCCGGUGUUUUUCCGCGUGACGACGGCGCGGAGAUCGUUCGUGCGCGGGCCGUUCCACCUCGGCAAGUACGGGGUCAUCGUCGGCUGGGUGGGUGUGGUGUGGGUGGCCACCGUCACGGUGCUCUUCUCGCUGCCGGUGGCGUACCCGGUGGCCAAGGAGACGUUCAACUACACGCCGGUGGCCGUCGGUGGCGUGCUGCUGCUCAGCCUCGUCGCGUGGGUGCUUCACGCUCGCUUCUGGUUCCAAGGGCCUGUCACCAACGUUGACACGUACAACGUACCCUGAAUUUGUAUCCCUGGAUUAGCUAGCGAGCACAGGUGGAUCAGUAACUUAAAUUUUGUGCAAUUUUCUCUUGAGAGGGAAAAAAGAUGUGCAUCUUGUUGGUUGUAAUGGGGACAAAGACCAAAAUAAGCCCAACGAAGGGUGCUGCACAUGUGGCUCCUCCAUCGAACCCACCAAAAAGAGCAAUUUUAUAUUCUUUGAGAAGAUACAUGAGGUACCACUUUUUUUAA